UCAGGUAGAACUGGGCACAACACCGACAGAACAGAACACUAGCAGAGAAACACAAGUACAGAAGCCGACUCCUACCGGGCCAACCAGACCCAACACCACCGCGCCCUCCUGGUCGCCGGCGAGAUGGCUUCGUCGUCGCCGUACCUCGAGUCGGACGAGAACCUGGAGGCCAUCAUCAGCCGCAUCGAGCAGAAGUCCCGCAAGAUCGAGACCCACCUCAAGCAGUCGAAGCCGGUGGAGGCCCUGAAGACGGCGCUCGAGGGAUCGCCCCUCAAGACCCGCGACGAGCGAUGCAAGUCGGCGAACUGGAUCGUGGUGCACCGCGCCAUGAUGGCUAUCAGGGACAUCGACGGCAUGUUCAACUCGCUGGAUCCCGAGUACUACGACAUCCUCAUGAAGUACCUUUACAGAGGUUUGUCUACGGGUGACCGGCCAACAUGUGACCAGUGCCUCAAAAUUCAUGAGAAACUGACGGAGAAAGCAGGCUUAGGUUGUAUAUUGCGGUCACUUGCUGAUACUGUAAACACCGUAUGAGCUCCACCUUCACGGAGGGUAGACAACAAAAAGCUUGCCCCAAUUAGUUGUACGGGAUAAUGUUGUGUAGAUGAUUGUUGUUAACCUUUUUGUUCGCUUUGCAGUUUGGCACCUGGUGCUGUUUCAGAUAGUCAUUGAUGUGUUGUGCCUUACUAGUGGCUAAAGUACUCUAGAAGUAUGUCGUAUUCCGUUUAUGUGCAACCAUGAAUUAUGAUCUUCGCCUCUUCGGAACAUUGUUUUUCGUCAUUCUUUUUUUAUUCCAAUCAAAAUUGAAACA